CCAACCUGAGGGGCAACCAACCAGUCCAGUCCAGUCGUCUCCCCCAUCGGGACGCUCCACCCCAAUUUUCGACCCCCCUUUGUCCCCCGGUCUCUCCGCCGCCUGGGCGAGGCGAUCGCCGGCGCAGGAUGGCGGCGGCUGGUGCAGCGACGCCGGUGGGCGCGGCGCCCAGGGUGGGGCUGCUGUACGACGACAGGAUGUGCGCGCACGCGACGCCUGACGGGGAGAAGCACCCGGAGAACCCCGAGCGGCUGCGCGCCAUCCGGCGCAAGCUCGACGCCGAGGGCGUCGCGUCCAGGUGUGUGGACAUGAAGGCAAAGGAGGCCAAAGAAAAAUAUAUAGCCUCUGUUCAUACCCCAAAUCAUAUAAAACUUAUAAGGGAUAUCAGCUCGAAGGAGUAUGAUUACCGUCGAAACAAGACUGCUAGGAAAUUCAAUUCCAUUUACUUCAAUGAGGGCUCCUCAGAGUCUGCUUUCCUUGCAGCUGGUUCUGUCAUCGAGGUUGCUGAGAAGGUUGCGGCAGGUGAGUUGAGUUCUGCUAUCGCUCUUGUCAGACCUCCAGGCCACCAUGCUGAACAUAAUGAGCCAAUGGGAUUUUGUCUCUUCAACAACGUGGCUAUUGCAGCAAAUUAUCUCUUAAAUGAGAGGCCUGACCUAGGUAUCAACAAGAUAUUAAUCGUCGAUUGGGAUGUUCAUCAUGGAAAUGGCACACAGAAGAUGUUUUAUAGUGACCCUCGUGUAUUGUUCUUUUCAGUGCACAGAUUUGAUUACGGAAGCUUCUACCCUUGUGAAGGGGAUGCAUCUCACUGUUUCAUUGGGGAAGGAGCUGGUGAAGGGUACAACAUUAAUGUGCCCUGGGAGCAUGGUAAAUGUAGUGAUGCAGAUUAUGUUGCUGCAUGGGACCAUGUACUGCUUCCUAUUGCAGAAGCAUUUGAUCCUGAUAUAAUAUUACUGUCUGCUGGGUUUGACGCAGCAAUGGGUGAUCCUCUUGGUGGUUGCUGCAUCACUCCAGAUGGAUAUGCACUGCUACUAACAAAGCUGUUAGGUUUUGCAAAAGGAAGGAUUGUGAUGGCUCUUGAAGGAGGUUAUAACCUUAAGUCCAUAGCAAACUCACUUUGUGCUUGCACAAAAGUUUUGUUGGGAGAUAACUUCACAUAUAACUCUCCACGGAUGCAACCAUUUGAAUCUACAUGGAGAGUCAUACAAAUGGUAAUGGUACGCGAUGAAUUAAAGGCAUACUGGCCUGUUUUGAGCAGCAAGCUUCCGGAUAAUGUACCUUUGAGGAGUGCACCGUCAUAUAUCGAGCCAUACGCAUCCUCUGGUUCUGAGUCUGAUGUUGAAGAUGUUAGUGAGCUUCCUGAUGCUAUUUCAUCUGUCAAUGUUACUCAAGUUGUUGAUGAUGUUUUAAGUAAACACAUCACAAUGUUGAAACUUGACGAAGAUAACCUUGCGACGAAGAACACCUCAAGUGAUUCAGUUCAAGCACAAGACGACGGACCUGUUGUGGCGUCUACAAGAAUAUAUGAUCUACCAUUUACUUGGAGAUCAGCAUUGUCAAAAGUUUAUGUUUGGUAUGCCAGCUUUGGUUCAAACAUGUGGAAACCAAGGUUCUUGUGCUACAUUGAAGGGGGGAAGGUUGAUGGUAUGAGUAUAUCAUGCUUUGGUUCACAUGACACAAGCCCACCAAGAGGUACCAUGUGGAAGACUGUGCCUCAUAGAUUGUUUUUUGGGAGAUCUUCUACCCCUUGCUGGGGUACCGGUGGUGUUGCUUUCCUCAACCCUGAGAUAAACUACAAUGAUGAGUCAUAUGUCUGCAUGUACAAAAUAACGCUUGAGCAGUUCAAUGAUGUAUUGUUUCAAGAGAACAGGUUAGUGAAGGAUAACAGCGAAGAUGGAAAACUUGAGUCUCCCAGCUCUCCUUUGAUUGGCUUGUCCGAAAUAGAGUCUGUCUCUUCAAACAAAGCUCUUCAUCUUGAACCUAUCAAGGAUAGCUGGUACUCCAAUGUACUUCACCUUGGAGAGGAGGACGGCCUUCCAAUCUUAACUAUGACAUGCCCCUCAACUGCUGUUGCGCAGCACAAAUCCGGCGAGCUGCCAUUAGCUCCUCCAUCUGAGACCUACUCCGCCACUCUGAUCAAGGGACUCGUGGAAGGGAAGCAGCUGGACGCCAACGAGGCUGCCAACUACAUCUCCUCUGCUGCCGCAAGAAGCCUGUGAACUUGUGGAGGCUGCUUCGCCGUGUGUUGUGUACAGCCAGUGGGAAGGAAGGAAUUAAGGGAUUGUGCGUAGUAGGCAUGUAAAAAUGUAGUUUGAUUCGGAACCAGGGGAGCCGUAGAGGCCUCAUUUUGUGCCACCAUUGGAUCUGACUAUGUUCAUCAGUAGGAUCGUUUGGAGUUUGCACUGGUUUGACGACUAUUCUCAUCAGAAUAUUAAAUGUAUGAACUAGUUUGAGUAGCA